AUGACUAUGACCAUUGACUCCAGGCCCGAUUACCCUGUUCAACCAAAACCCUACAUUCCAAUGCUGAUCCGAUUUUUCCAAGAUCUCAUGGGGCUGGCAGCACUGCAGGUUGACAUGAAGAGCCCUGCAUAUUUCCUCCGGUCUUCAUUCAUCAGCAACGCCUUGACUGAUCCCUGUUUAUUCCACUCCACGUUAUAUUUAGCAUCAGCGCAUUUGGACACGAUGCGCGGGACCCACAAUAAUCAGAUCACGCUAUAUCAUCACACGAAGACAGUCAGGCUUUUAAACACCCGUAUCGCUUCUGGAGACGUCGUGGAUGAUGGAACAAUUGCCUCGGUGCUCUUACUGCUGAUGAGUGGGACUGUAGAAAAGGAGAGUGGGGCCGCAGAAGCUCAUAGAGAGGCGCUCCUCCGCAUGGUAGAUAUGAGAGGAGGUUUUGACAAACUCGGAUUCGACGGAGUCUUAUCAGAAAUGAUUCAGAUGAAAUUGGUCCAUCCAGCUGUGAUAUUUGAUUUGGCCGAUGCCUUCCCCGCGCAGUGGGCAUGUACACCCGUUGCUCCGACUGAACUAGUGAGACUUGUCCUUGACCGACUUGGCGCUUAUACGACAGGAAAUCCUUCCGUGAAGUCUUACUUAAUGCGAAUGUUUGAGCACGUAUUGGAACUUCUGGAGGCAGUCAGUGACGACGUGGACGAACAGACUGGACUUCCGCGCCAGAGAAACGUAUCAGUCGAGGAUAUGCUAGACAGGACACGGCCAUGGAUGGAAACUAUCCUUUUGGAUCAUUCCCCGCAAGACUUUUCCCGCAGCGAAUGGGCGAUGCUACGCUCUUGCUUGGCGUCGGUGACAAUCGUGCAGUCUCUCCUUGAUUAUCGUCUACCAUUCCAGAUGGAGAUGAUCAUGGAGCUUCUGAAGGAAAUGAAAUCUGACCUCGCUGUGGCGGAGCCCAUUGUCUGGGUUCGGCAUUCGCCCGAAGCGAACCUAUGGGUGGCAGUGGUUGGCAUGGCUAUGGCACCGGAGGUAGAUGGAAGACUAUGGUUUCUGAUGAACGAAAAAUGUGUGGUGUCAUCGAUCCAAUGUACCGCGGGGAGAUUGCACGAAAAGUCAUGGUACUGUUUCCGCUUGUUGAGGUCAUUUGCGAAAGCCCAGUACGAAAAAUAUGGACAUGAUCCUAGUCUGAUAUACGAAUAG